AUUAAGAUGUUCUGAAGAAUGACAGCAACCCUUUGGGAUGUCCACUGCAGCACUAUGGCUAAUCCCAGGCCACCAAUCAUCAGAACAUCUCAUUUUGUUCACAUCUUUAUGCUGAUCCUUGGGAGUAGAAGCCAGCACUUUUUGGGAAAUGACUUUAUAGGCAACUAUUCAAACAGCUUUCUCAGUCACGUUCCCAGCCAUCUGUCAUCAAAAACAACAAUCUUAGAUCUGUCACUAAACAAUAUAACUGAGCUUCAGAUUGAGGACUUCAAAUCUCUUCGAAAUCUGAGAGUUUUAAAACUUUCUUAUAAUAGGAUCCAGCAUCUUGAUAUCAAGGUGUUUCGAUUCAACCAGCAUCUGGAAUACUUGGAUUUAUCCCACAAUAAAUUAAGGAAGAUUUCUUGCCAUCAUCUCAUGAACCUUAUCCAUUUAGAUUUCUCAUUCAAUGAAUUUGAAGCUCUCCCCAUCUGUGAGGAAUUUGCUAACAUGUCCCGACUAGAUUUCCUGGGACUGAGUGCUACGAGAAUACAAAAGUCAGACUUACUACCAAUUGGCCAUUUGAAUCUAAGUCACAUCCUAUUGGAUCUAGAGAGAUUUCAUGGGAAAAAAGGCACAGCGGAGAAUCUUCUGGUUUUGAAUACAAAGACACUACGAAUGAUCCUCCCUCUAAAUAGAGCGUUUUCAUUCCAAUUGAAUAUGUCAGUAUAUAACUUAAGACAUUUGGAACUACUUAAUAUUAAUGUAGAUGAUGAUAAAUGUUCACUUUUCACUGAGUUUUUGUCAAAAAUAAUCAAUAAGGCAAAAUUUCUGAAUCUUACCCUUCACCAUAUUGAAACUACUUGGAAAUGCUUUGUAGAAAGUCUUCAAUUUGUUUGGCGGGAAUCCGUGGAAUAUCUUCAUAUCUACAACCUCACAUUGGUGGAAAAAAUUGAUUUUGAACCAUUUAGCUAUAAUGAAACUUCACUGAAAGAACUAAAAAUAGAACUUUGUAUCAUCAAAGUUUAUUUAUUUUCACAAACCGUUUUGUAUGAUUUCUUUUCAAAUAUGAACAUAAAAAUGUUAACAUUAUCGAGUACCCGUAUGUUGCAUAUGCUUUGCCCUUCUAAGCCUAGCCCAUUCCAGUAUUUGGACUUUGCUAACAGUCUUUUCACAGAGAGUCUUUUCCAAGAUUGUGAAAACUUAACCUUCUUACAAACACUCAUCUUACAAAAGAACAAAUUUACACACCUUUUCAAAAUCUCUCUCAUGACAAAGAAAAUGAAAUCUCUGAAACAUCUGGAUUUAAGCCAGAAUUCCAUCAGUUAUGAAAAUAAAAAAAACUGCAGCUGGGCUGAAAGUCUAUUGGUCCUAAAUCUGUCUUCCAAUGAGCUCACUGAGUCUGUCUUCAGAUGUCUACCUCCCAGGAUCACAGUGCUGGAUCUACACAGAAACAAAAUCAGGAGCAUCCCUAAAGACAUGACCAGUCUGGAAAUGUUGCAAGAACUAAAUGUUGCUUCUAAUUUUUUAGUUGAUCUUCCGGGGUGCAGUACCUUUAGAAGCCUUUCCACAUUGGUCAUCACCUAUAAUUCAGUUUCCCACCCAUCUGCUCAUUUUUUCGACAGCUGCCAGAAUAUUAAAUCACUACAAGCAGGAGACAACCCAUUCACGUGUACCUGUAGGCUAAGAGAAUUUAGCAGAAAUAUAGCCAAGUUAUCGGAUCAAGUGGUGAGGGGAUGGCCACAUUCGUAUAAGUGUGCCUUUCCAGAUAGCUAUAAGGGGACACAGUUAAAAGACUUUCACUUGUCUCCCUUCUCAUGUAAUUUAGUUCUGAUCACAGUCACUGUUCUCCUCAUCGGGUUAGUUCUGAUGACCGCUACAGCUUUUCUGUGCAUCCACUUUGACCUGCCCUGGUACCUGAGGAUGAUAUUACAAUGGACUCAGACACGACGCAGAGCCAGGAACAUCUCCUUAGACCACCUCGAAAGAACGUACCAGUUUCAUGCUUUUAUUUCCUAUAGUGAACGGGACUCUGCCUGGGUAAAGCAGGAGCUGCUUCCCAACCUAGAGAAUGAAAACAUCAAGAUUUGCCUCCAUGAGAGAAACUUUGUCCCCGGAAAGAGUAUUGUGGAAAACAUUAUAAACUGUAUAGAGAAAAGCCACAAGUCUAUCUUUAUUUUGUCCCCCAACUUCAUUCAGAGUGAAUGGUGCCAUUAUGAGCUUUACUUUGCUCACCACAAACUUUUUCAUGAAGGUUCUGAUAACUUACUCCUUAUCUUACUGGAACCAAUCCCGCAGCGCAGCAUUCCUACCCGGUAUCACAAACUGAAAGCUCUCAUGGCACAGAGAACCUAUUUGGAAUGGCCCAAGGAGAAGAGUAAGCAGGUGUUCUUUUGGGCUAAUAUCAGAGCAGCGUUUAAUGUCAAAUUAGCAGUAGUUACAGAAGACGAUGAAAUUUAGAUAAUUUAUAAUUUUUAUUAUAUAAAAUUGCUACGAAUCAAAUAUA